AUUUCUGCACCAGACUCAGCGGAUCCAGUUUGUUGAAGUUAGUGACAACGCAAAGAUCCACUGUUCUUCCACAGAAAACUUGGAGGGAGGAAGUAGCAUGUUUUGGUAUUUGAGAAGAGAAGGUGAGAAACCCACCUGCAUUAAGCGCUGUUUGGAUGAUCAAAAUGUAAGUAAAUUUGCUUGCAAACAUGAGACACACAGCUCGACACUGGAAAUCAGCAACGUCCAAAAGACUGAGUCUGGCAUUUACUACUGUGCAUAUAGAUACAGCAGCUACCUGAUUUUUGGGAAUGGAUCCACGCUGAUUGUUGGAGACAGUUAUACCAAGAGCAGCUGGGUGAUGCUUCUGGUUCCAUUUCCACGUGACAGUCAAGUCACUGGGACAGCAAAUCUGGCUUGUGUGAUCCAUGGAGUGUCCAGCCCGGUCCAUGUUUCCUGGAGUGUUUCUGGGGAGCUGCAGGAACAGGGGCUGACACACUCACUGAAAGCAAAGGAUGGAUCUUUAACCCUCAUAAAUCACAUCAGCGUCCCCAUGGACACCUGGACCAGUGGGAAGAAUUUCACCUGUGAAGUCAAAUUCAACUCUUCCGGCAACAGUGUGAAGAAAAGUACCAGAUAUUCUGCAGCCCCUGCCAGAGAGUGCUCACAUUACAUUGUGCCCCUUGCGGCUGGAGCUGGUCUGCUGCUGCUGGUGGUGUCUCUGAGCCUCGUCUGGACCCUCUGCCCUUCCACGCUAGGAUUCCAGCCCAGGGUCUCAGCACCCCCAGCUUCCGAGGAGCAACAGAAAUAAAAAGUCAGAAGACCCCCACAGAGUCCAGUCUCAUCAGGUGGGAAAUCUCCUCUUGGGAUGUAAAGACAUCGUGGUGUAGAUGACUUUACACGUCACAUGUGUAUUAGAUUGGAAGCUCUUUGGGGCAGGGACUGUCUCUUUGUUCUGAGUUUGUGCAGCGCCUAGCACAAUGAGGCCUGGUCCAUAACCAGGGCUGCUGAGUGCUAUGGUAACACAACAAUUGUCAUCAUCAUCCUCCCCCACGUGCAGGGGGACCCGGACACAGCUGAAAGGCUGUGGCUUCCCUGGACAGAUGGCAGGAGCCUGCAGAGGGGACGUGCAGCCCCUGUAUAUGCCACAGCUCCCCUGAUCCUCAGCAGGCACAUGAUGCCUUUGCAGUAACAUUACAUGGACGUACAAUGGGAUUGGGAAGGGGAAGGACGGAUGCGGGAGGAGAUGGGAGGGAUGGGAAUCUCUCCCCAGGCCAGGGCUGGAGCUGCUAGUCCAGUGUUUCCUCUGGAGCAGUGUUUCUCAAUGACCUGUCCGUGGACCAGUGCCGGUCCUUGAGAUCUCCCUGACACAGUUUAGGAAGGCAGCCAGCCGGUCCCUGGUAUCAGAAAGGUUGAGAAAUGCUGGUGUAGAAGCUGCUUCUUUCCCCAAAAGCGAAAUCCACAGGGCCCCAGGUGCCAGCCUCCGUGCACCAUCUAACAAUAACAACACGUUAUCAAUGACUUGAGCUCUCCUGGUGCCUGAGCCUGCAUGCGCUGCCUGUUUACAUCACAACUUGUUGUUCAAGCUGUCAU